GGUAGACGGGGCAGAGCGGAACCGACUGAGUGGUCCUGUCCGCGAUGUCCGAGGCGACUUGGUGGUACCGAGGAGGGACUUCAAAACAUGACCUGCAUUACAGAAGGGAAGCGGAGGUUAACACCACACUUGAGGAGUUGUUACUCUACUUAAUUUUUUUAAUAAAUCUAUGCAUAUUGACUUUUGGGAUGGUCAAUCCACAUAUGUACUAUUUAAACAAAGUUAUGUCGUCUCUGUUUGUGGACACUUCUCUACCUGAUGACGAAAGAAGCAGCUUUAGGUCCAUUCGGGGCAUAACUGAGUUUUGGAAGUUCAUGGAAGGACCCCUCAUCGACGGCCUGUACUGGGACUCGUGGUACGGCAACAAACAGCUGUACAACGUGAAGGACAGCAGCCGCAUCUACUACGAGAACGUUCUUCUCGGCGUCCCCAGAGUGCGGCAACUGCGAGUCCGAAACAACACUUGCAAGGUCUACCCAGCUUUCCAGUCCCUGGUCAGCGACUGUUACAGCAAGUACACAGCGGAAAACGAAGACUUCUCUGAUUUUGGCCUCAAACGAGAUCCCGAAUGGACACACACGCCUUCUUCCCACACUGCCCCAUGGCACUGGGGGUUUGUUGGCGUGUACCGAGAUGGAGGAUAUAUAGUCACAUUAUCAAAAUCAAAAUCUGAAACCAAAGCCAAGUUUGUUGACCUUCGACUGAACAACUGGAUUAGCAGAGGCACCAGGGCCGUCUUUAUUGAUUUCUCACUGUACAAUGCCAAUGUCAACCUGUUUUGCAUCAUCAGGCUACUGGUGGAGUUCCCUGCAACGGGUGGCCUCCUCACCUCCUGGCAGUUCUACUCUGUGAAGCUCCUCAGAUACGUCUCCUACUACGACUACUUCAUUGCCUCCUGUGAAAUCAUCUUUUGUAUUUUUCUCUUUAUCUUCAUAAUACAAGAACUGAGGAAAGUGAAUGAGUUUAAGUCUGCCUAUUUCAGAAGUGUCUGGAACUGGCUGGAAAUGCUGCUGCUGCUGCUCUGUUUUCUCGCCGUGUCUUUCUAUGCGUACUGUAACAUGCAGAGCUUUCUCUUGCUUGGACAGCUGCUGAAAAACACUGACAGCUAUCCCGACUUUUACUUCCUCGCAUACUGGCACAUUUACUAUAACAACAUAAUUGCUAUCACUAUCUUCUUUGCGUGGAUAAAGAUAUUCAAGUUCAUAAGCUUCAAUGAGACGAUGUCGCAGCUGUCGUCAACGCUUUCCCGCUGCAUGAAGGACAUUGUGGGGUUCGCCAUCAUGUUCUUCAUCAUCUUCUCCGCUUACGCCCAGCUGGGGUUUCUGGUUUUUGGGUCACAGGUUGAUGAUUUUUCCACUUUUCAAAAUUCCAUAUUUGCACAAUUUCGAAUUGUCCUCGGGGACUUUAACUUUGCUGGCAUCCAGCAGGCCAACUGGAUCUUGGGGCCCAUCUACUUCAUCACGUUCAUCUUCUUUGUGUUCUUUGUGCUCCUGAACAUGUUCUUGGCAAUAAUUAAUGACACCUAUUCUGAAGUUAAGGCUGAUUAUUCAAUAGGCAGAAGACCAGAUUUUGAACUUGGUAAAAUAAUUCAAAAGAGUUGCUUUAAUGUUCUCGAGAAACUCAGACUCAAGAAAGCUCAAGCUAAAGAAGAAAAGAAAACGAAAACUACUGACGACUUGGCCCAGCGAGCCAGAAGAGAAGGCUUUGAUGAAAGUGAGAUCCAAGAGGCAGAGCAGGUGAAAAGAUGGAAGGAACGGCUUGAGAAAAAGUAUUAUUCUACAGAAAUUCAAGACGAUUACCAGCCUGUCACUCAGCAAGAAUUCCGAGAGCUCUUUUUAUACGCGGUGGAGCUUGAGAAGGAAUUACACUAUGUCAGUUUAAAACUGAACCAACUGAUGAGAAAGCUACACUAGCAAGCUGACAAGUGGAGUCAUUUUAUAAGAAAAGGCAACCGAAGAAUUUCAUUCAGUGUGAAGAUUUUCCUCUCAAUUUUCUUCAGUAAUGCAAAAGAAAAAACAAAAAGUAAACAGAAAAGCUUUUUAUUUCAAAGUUCUUGAAGUAAAAAGAGUAAAAUUCUUGUCCUUUGCUAACAGCUGUAUCUGCAGUAAAACAAUGAAGGAGCCUGCGUGUUUCCUAAGUGUGGAGAGGAUCUGUGGUAAUGUGGAACAGCUUUCCUUGCCUACUGGAACCACAAACAAGCACACAAUGGGACUUUCUGAGUGCCUGACAAAGUGAACGCAAGUACAGCCAAGUACACAUGGUGAACUGUCAGGGAACACAAGCAGUUUAUGACGUCAACUUUCAAGGAACAUACUUUAUAUGGAUUUUGAAGAGUCUUGUUUGCUGAUAAGAACUUCAAGAAGUCUAAGUUUGGCUUUAAUUCUCUUGUAUUCCUUAUAUUCCUCAAGCACUGGAACACGAUCCUCCUUCUGGGCAUUCCUAGGGAAGAUGAAACUCUGUAAA